AGCGAGCGUACAAAGAGGUUACUUAAAAUCAAUUUGAAUCCAGAAUCCAGAGGGACUGCAAGUCGAAAAGCUAGCAGGAGAAGGGGAGACGGACAGAAAUGUUUCCGAAAACUGCAUUAAAACUAGCACUUCUCUUUGUCCUACAAAUCUGCCCUACUCUUGAGGACUGUUCGGCUCCACCGCACAUCAGCAAUGCAGUUGUGUUCUAUGAGGCCACUACCAAGGACAGCAGCGCCCGAUAUACUUGCAAUCCAGGGUACUUAUUAAAUGGAAGUCCUGUACUGAAAUGUUCUGAUAAAGGCUGGAUUGGUGACCGGGGUCGGAAGAAACCUCAGUGCAUUGCAAAAUCUUGUGGAAGUCCAGGAGAGAUUUUGAACGGACGGUACAAUGCCACAAGCAAUAACUUUGGAGCCAAAGUCAUAUUUUACUGUGACGAAGGGUACCAUCUGAUUGGGAGAGAUUACAGGCUGUGUGAAGAUGAAGGCUGGUCAGGAGAAGUGCCAAGCUGUGAGCCUGUCAAAUGUGUAGAUCUUCCAUCGAUUGAAAAUGGAGUUGCACCAUCUCCACCCAAUGGCGAGGCCUGGGAAUUUGGAUCAUUGGCCAAGUAUUCAUGUAUUGGUGACUACUCGUUGAUUGGUGCAAAGUCACUUAUUUGUUCAUCUUCUGGACAGUGGAGUGACAAACCCCCGAUAUGCAAAGAUGUACAAUGUUUCGUUCCGAAUCCUCCUUCAAAUGGCCGCAUCAGAUCGAGUUCUUGGAAUGUACUGAAAUACGAGGAGGAAGUAAUGUUCGAAUGUGAUCACGGUUUUGAAAUUGAUGGCAGCAACGUCAUCAGGUGCAACAACGACAGUAAAUUCAGCGAUGAUCCACCAACCUGUCGGUUUAGUGGAUGCCACAGACCCGAAAGAAUUAUUGGUGGAUGGAUCGAGAAUCCUAAAGCAAUAUAUGCAAAACAUGAGACUGUCACACUUACCUGCGGGAGAGGAUAUAAGCUGAUUGGCAUUGAGACCCUUCGUUGUAAGGGGAACGAUAAAUAUGACCACCCCUCACCUAAAUGUCAGGAGAUACGUUGCCAACCACCUUUGCCAAUUCAGAAUGGAGAUUAUACACCAAAAUAUAGCUACUAUGCAUCAUAUUAUUAUCGCUAUAACGCUAUUAUUACGUUCACCUGCAAUGAAGGAUUUAAACUUGAAGGUUCCAGCGAGAGUAGAUGUGGAGAUAAUGGCGUCUUUAACCCUCACCCGCCUACCUGCACAAGCGUGUAUUGUUAUUCACCCACCAUUCCGGACCAUGGAGACAUUCACCCAAAAGAGGAACGCUAUAGGUAUCACCAAGAAAUUACCUUCAGCUGUGAUACCGGAUAUAAACUGGUGGGCAACCACCACAGUAGGUGUGAAGGUGAAGGCACCUUCAAACAUCCCCCACCUACCUGCAGGAAAGUGCAAUGUAGACGACCCACGAAUUUAAUCGUUCAACCGAAUCGAAUCACCUACAACUAUGAAGAUCGUGUUACCUUCACCUGUCAACGUGGAUUUAUACCGAGGGAGAGCACUGAGAGUGUGUGUGUAGAAAGAGACACCUUUGACCCUCCCCCGCCUACCUGCAAGAAAGACGAUCCUAAACGGACCAUUUCAACAUCAACCCGUGGUAAUAUAAACACCAUAAUUGAGUGGAGCCACGAAAUAAUUAAAGAGAAAAGAGAGAUUAUCCGAAUGGAGCAUCAACUUCUUCAAAGGGAAGAAAGAAUCCUUUUAAAGUACCAAGCUAUUGUUCGAAAUCUUGAAAUACUUCUUAACUGAACAAGCAUCCCCAAAACGUUUUGAAGUUCUGUUCAGUUGUUAAUGCAAAUGUAUUUUACUGACAAUGCCACAAGUUGAUUCUAUUGACAUUACUGAGGGCAUACAUUUUUUUCUUCUGAAAUAAAGUUCGGCAAAAAGGG